ACCACAUAAUGUGGGUCAGGCUCAGGGUCCAAUUUAUAUCAGUUGGACCCUGAGCCUGAUAGCUCACACUGAGUGUGCAGCAUGUAAAGCGAGGCAUACUCACGAAGUAGCGGAGAAGAUAAGUGAUAGAAGUCUUCCGACUUGGACCCUGUAAGUGUACAACAGGGCUUGCUCAACUGAUGGAACUUAUUUGCACAGGUACGCGGGCCAACAUCUUGUGCGUCUUGUUUUUCAACUACCCGAAUAGCAACAUGUGCCGAUAAGGAAUCGAAAUGACUAUGUGUUGACGCCUGCGAACAUAUUUACGCUCAAAGUUGAUACUACUGCCGUUCAUACGAUCCAUUCUGCUAUAUUUUCACCUUUUUUAAGGAUGCGUACCGUCUUCCAUAUCUCGACUCAUAUUUUGCGGAAUUCUACAGCUGGUCAUGCGUCUCUUUCUUUGAGACCAUGCAACGCGGCGACCUCGCUUCGCUGCUCCUUCGGUUUUUCUACUGCCCCUGCUAGACCUUUUAAGAGGAUCGCCGUAUCCGGAUUGCCCGAAAUUGUCUUUGAACGUAGCGAGUGGCCAUUGUCAAGCCUUCAACAUUAUUUUUCAGAGCAUAUUCUCGCCUUCAUAGGUUAUGGAAACCAAGGUCGUGCACAAAGCCUGAAUGCCCGAGAUAAUGGCGUUGAUUGUAUCAUUGGUGUGCAGGAAAAUGGCGAAGGUUGGAAACAAGCUGUUAGCGAUGGCUGGGUUGCAGGUAAAACUCUAUUCUCUGUCAAGAAGGCGGUUGAACAUGGUACCGUGAUCUUAAACCUACUUUCGGACGCUGCACAAGUACAGCAAUGGCCUGUCAUCGCACCCUUGUUGACGGGAGGGAAGACACUCUGCUUCUCCCAUGGUUUUUCUGUCGUCUUCCGUGAUCAAACUGGCAUCACCCUUCCCGAAGGUAUCGAUGUCAUUCUGGUCGCUCCUCAAAGCCCUGGUCUUUGCUUGCGUGAAUCUUUUCAGGAUGGCCAUGGUGUCAACUCGAGCAUCGCUGUCUGGCAGGAUGUCUCUGGCAGCGCCAAAGAAAUGGCCGUACUUUUAGGAUUUACAAUUGGCUCAGGGUCCAUCUACGAGACGACCUUCGAGAAGCAGACUUUCGCUGAUCUCGUUGGAAAAUGCGGCGUUCUCGGCGGUGCCAUCCAGGGUCUCUACUCCGCACAAUACAAAGUAUUGAGAGCAAAUGGACAUUCACCGUCUGAAGCAUUUAACGAGACGGUGGAAGAAGCCACGCAAUCCCUUCUUCCACUCAUCGGCAAGUUCGGGAUGGACUACAUGAUGGCAGCAUGCUCGACGACCGCGCGUCGCGGCGGUUUAGAUUGGGCCCCCGUUUUUGAACAGGCCAAUCAUCAGAUAUUCGAGAAGCUUUAUGAGAGUGUAAAAAAUGGGACCGAAGCGCGAAGAGCGAUUGAAUUCAAUAGCCGGUCUAAUCAAGGUGACGAUUUUACAAAGGAGCUCGAGGAGCUUAGUAACCAGGAGAUGUGGCGUGCCGGCAAAGUUGUCCGUUCUCUCCGUCCGGAGAAUAUCUGAUGAGAGAACAUGUAACGCCACGCUCUCACUCUCCUUUCGAAGCCCGGGUCUACUUGUUUCCAUACUACACCUUGUGUGUAUGGAAACACCCGUAUGUGAAAACAUGUAUCUUAAAGAACGAUCUGUCGCGCAAGAACCUGUGAACUGCAAGCAACUUAUGGUUUCUUUUUGAAUUCAGGCCGAUUAAGCCGUC